AUGGCUGCUUCCUUUACUCGCCUGGCGGGCAGCGCGCCCAAAAGGCUUUGUCUCCGCCCCUCCACCUUCACCAAAUACAACGCCAUCCCCAGAUCCCGCUCGAUAGCGACGACGCUUCCUCGUCGGCAAGCGGAACCGACCAGCUACCAGGCUACCAGACUCAUUCCCACUGACCCUACCUUCACAAGUCUGGCUAACAAGGAGGGUCCCCAAGAAGCCGAUGUUGCCGCUGGUCUCGAAUCCGAGAGUGAAGGGGUCGGCCGCAAAAUCCGUCACUACACAGUCAACUUCGGUCCUCAGCAUCCUGCUGCUCACGGUGUGCUUCGACUGAUUCUCGAGAUCAAUGGUGAAGAGAUCGUCCGCGCGGAUCCUCAUGUCGGAUUGCUUCACCGUGGUACCGAGAAGUUGAUCGAAUACAAGACCUACAUGCAGGCUCUGCCUUACUUCGACCGAUUGGACUAUGUCUCCAUGAUGACGAAUGAACAGUGCUACUCGCUGGCUGUGGAGAAGCUACUGAACAUUGAAAUCCCUGACAGAGCCAAGUAUAUCCGUACAAUGUUCGGAGAGAUGACCCGUAUUCUGAACCACCUCAUGUCCGUCCUUUCCCACGCUAUGGAUGUUGGUGCUCUUACGCCAUUCCUGUGGGGUUUCGAGGAGCGUGAAAAGCUCAUGGAAUUCUACGAGCGUGUCUCCGGUGCCCGUCUCCACGCCGCCUACGUCCGCCCCGGCGGUGUGUCUCAGGAUAUCCCCCUCGGCCUUCUCGAUGAUAUCUACCAGUGGGCUACCCAGUUCGGUGACCGUAUCGACGAAACCGAAGAGCUGCUCACCGAUAACCGUAUCUGGAAGGCCAGAACUCAAGGCGUUGGUGUUGUCAGCGCCGCUGAUGCGCUGAACAUGAGCUUCACUGGUGUCAUGCUCCGUGGCUCUGGUGUGCCAUGGGAUAUCCGCAAGUCCCAGCCAUAUGACGCUUACGACAAGGUUGAAUUCGACGUCCCCGUCGGUGUUAACGGUGACUGUUAUGAUCGUUACCUUUGCCGUAUGGAGGAGUUCCGCCAGUCCCUCCGUAUCAUCCACCAAUGCUUGAACCAGAUGCCCGCAGGUCCUGUCAAGGUCGAGGACUACAAGCUCUCGCCUCCCCCUCGUGCCGCCAUGAAGGAGAACAUGGAGGCCCUGAUCCACCACUUCCUCCUCUUCAGCAAGGGUUACGCUGUCCCCCCUGGUGAGACCUACUCUGCCAUUGAGGCCCCCAAGGGUGAGAUGGGUGUGUUCCUGGUCAGUGACGGCAGCGAGAGACCCUACCGUUGCAAGAUCCGUGCUCCUGGUUUUGCCCACUUGGGUGGUUUCGAUCAAAUCUCUCGUGGUCACUUGCUGGCAGAUGCUGUCGCCAUUAUUGGUACAAUGGAUCUGGUGUUCGGUGAAGUCGACCGGUAG